UUCUAAUUUAUGAUUAAUUAAGUUGAAAUUUGAGUUUCUCAUUUCUUUUCAUGGUUUAAAAAAAAUUUAAGUUUAAUUAUUGAUUAAUCGUUUUUUUUAUGCUUAAAGAAUUGAAUUGUGAUAGAUGGCAGUAGUUUCGGUUUUUCAACAUGAAGACUUCAUGUUUUGAUAUUUUGUCUCGUUUGAUUUUGAAUUGUUUCAUUGGCGGUAAAAUGCAAGGAACUCAACAAAGGCGAUCUGAACAAAUUUCACAGGAAGUUCAAGUAGUUGAAGAUGAAGAUUCCGAAUCUGGAUUCCAUAAAGUAAGCCAGCUUCAGGGAAAUGGUGUUACUCCAGGAGAUAUUAAAAAAUUAAUUGAGGCUGGUUUUGCUACUGUUGAAUCAGUAGCAUUUGCCCCGAAAAAAAGUUUGAUUGGGGUGAAAGGGAUUAGUGAUACAAAGGCAGACAGGCUUUUGGCUGAUGCUCAGAAAAUAGUGCCAAUUGGAUUUACUACUGCUAAAGAAUUUCAUAAAAGACGAUCGGAUAUUAUUACCAUCACCAGUGGUUCCAAAGAAUUGGAUAAACUGCUUGGCGGUGGAUUUGAAACUGGAGCUAUCACCGAACUGUUUGGUGAGUUUCGAACUGGAAAAUCUCAGAUAUGUCAUGCAUUAGCUGUUACUUGUCAAUUACCCAUAGACAUGGGAGGUGCAGAGGGAAAAGCCAUGUACAUAGAUACUGAGGGAACAUUUAGACCUGAAAGGCUUUUAGAUUGUGCGGCUCGGUACAAAUUGGAAGGAGGAGAUGUGCUAGAUAAUGUCGCCUAUGCUCGAGCAUAUAACACAGAUCAUCAGAUGCAACUCGCCGUACAAGCCGCUGCUAUGAUGUCCGAAUCAAGAUAUGCUCUUCUCAUUGUAGAUAGUGCAACAGCACUUUAUCGAACUGAUUAUUCUGGAAGAGGAGAAUUAGCUCCAAGACAGAUGCAUAUGGCUCGAUUUUUACGGUUACUUCAGAGGUUAGCCGACGAAUUUGGUAUUGCGGUUGUAAUAACUAAUCAAGUUGUAGCUCAAGUAGACGGAGGUGCUGGAAUGUUCAAUGCUGAUCCCAAAAAGCCAAUUGGAGGUAACAUCAUCGCUCAUGCAUCUACAACCCGAUUGUAUUUACGUAAAGGUCGAGGAGAUUCCAGAGUCUGUAAAAUCUAUGACUCUCCAUGUCUACCCGAAUCGGAGGCUUCCUUUGCAAUUACAGUUGAAGGCAUUUCUGACACUAAAGAUAACGAUUAAGUGCCGUUUACUUUUUAUCACUAUUACUUUUUACUAUCAAUUAUCUUUUCUAAUCCGACUUGUUAAUCCAUCCUAAAUUUGAAACAAAACCAAAAACAACUACAAAUCACCAGCGCACGUUACACAAUCUAAAAAAGUACUCACAUUUAUCCUGUUUCAAUCACUUCGAAGUUUUAUCAUUUAUAAUCAAUUUGUUAAAAAGUUUGGUACACCGGAAGAUGAAACAUCAAAUCAUCACCAAAUUGAAGUUUCUCAAAUCAAGUCAAAAUUAAACACAUUACGAUGAUUAAAAUUGUGAAACAGCUUAAA